AUGGCCGCUUCGACUAAGCUUGAGGAUGCGCCCAUUGCGGAAGGCACGCCUAGUUCUGUGGAGUCGUCGCCGGAGCCAGACGGUCUACCCGAUGCUUCGCAAGAACAGCCAGUUCAGCCAGUAAAGCGGAAAGGUGGAAGGAAGCCUAUAUAUGCGACGUCUGAAGAGCGAAAGCAGCGCAAUAGGCAAGCACAGGCAGCGUUUCGAGAGCGUCGUACGGAAUACAUCAAGCAACUCGAAGCAAACAUCAAGCAGAACGAAGAACAACUCUCGCAUCUCCAACAGAGUCAGCGGACAGCUGCCGACGAGUGUCUCAUGCUACGAUACAAGAACUCGCUGCUUGAGCGGAUCUUACUCGAGAAAGGCAUCGACGUGCAAGCGGAACUCAACAUGAAGACAGGCAGUCCCAUAUUAGGGCCAGGCCUCCUACCUCCAGGCAUCUCGCAACCUAGACAGCCUCCAGCGCCUCUACAGCGGACCACCGUCCAGCAACAGCACGCUCGACGUACUACCGGUCAGAGCCAUCUUCCAAAGCUGGCUCCUGGGCACUCGAAUUCAGACAUGACCUUCCCCCAAGCAUCACCACAAGGCCACCCAACACCUUCCUCUCACGCUUCUUCACCAUCUAGCGUUCCGACACGAUCACCACUAACAAUGCACCAAGGUGGGAUUACUCCACCAACAUCUGGUGUACUAGCUCAGGGACAAGUGCAGCAAUACCACGGCUACAAUCGAUCAUCGCAGCAGCCGCUUAACUCAGCCUAUUAUCCACCUCCUCUGCCGCCGCAGCCGAUGUUGAACCCUCAACCGCAAGCUCGACCGACUCCACCAAACCAAUUCCAGAGCAACGCCAGUGUAAUUUCGAGUCACUCGACCGCAAGCCAGCACAGCAGCAUGAACCCACCAAUGACCGCCAAUUCUACGACCAGCAUCGCAAGCGCUGUCCCACAACCCUCACCAGCAUCAGCAUACUACCCCAGUCCAUUCCAAAAACACAUAGAUCAGCUCGAGCAGGAGUACGAUACCCAACAACAGUCGAUGCUCGAUGAGCCCGCCGAUCCACAAGACCAAGACCAAGAUCAGGUCUCCGAUCCUUCGCCAACGCAGUUACAUGGUGCUUACCCACCGGCGCAAUAUGAUGUCGACGAGCAACUGCAGCAGCAGCACGUCCAGCAGGAAUACUAUCAACAGCAUUACAAUCAUGCGCAACAGCAGCAGCAGCCAGCCUCUCAUCACCCGGGUCCCACACAGCAGCAGCAGCAGCAGCAGCAUCAUCAUCCUCAGUAUACGCAGCCACAUCAGCAGCCAUUGAUGCCCGCUUCACGCCCGCCAACAAGCCAGAUCGGUAUGAGUGCUGGAGGCGGCCCGAGUGGUUUCGCAGGAGGUCAGAUGAUCGACCCGAACGAUCCUAUGCUCGACGCAGACCCUUUCGGCUUGUCGGCUAGUAUGCAUUAUCCCACCGCAUACUCCGCCCUCGAUCAGCCAAGACUGGGGCAGCAACAACAACAACUACAGCAUCCGUCGCAGCCGCAGCCACCGCCGCCGCGGUAG